ACGUUGUCGUUUUUAACACUUGCAAAGUUUAGGUACACUUACGUGAUUUUCUAUAAUUUCGCAAUAAUUAACUGAUUUUAGAUAAACAAACGUAAUUGAAAAGUGCAUAAUGUUAGCGUAAAUAACACUUUGUGCCUACGUAAGUGUAAAUUAAAAUAUACACGUAGUACAGUGACUUUAAUCAUCUACAGCAUUGGAAAAACUUAGGUGUACCCAAGCAAAAUGUGUCCAAUAUGGCCGCUGCAUCUGAUUAUCCUAUACCUGCUGGUGUUGUGCCCGCUAUGGGUGCUGUGCCAGGCAGCGCCCGAACUGCUAGCCACCUUCUCCGCAGACACCCUGGAGAUGCACAUGGAUGACAGCUACUACGUGUACGUCAACGUGACAGGGACGGACCUGCUCGCCGGGGACCAGUUCACAGUGCAGACACAGCAGACACACGUGGCAACUGCCGUGUGGAACUCUACCUAUAAUCUGACCAAUGACCACUUGGAUAAGGGCCAGUUUGAUGGGAAGCUGCGAGUCGACUGUCACUUUUUAGGUAGAACAGAUUUAACAGUGGGCAGACGUCGGGACGGUCAGUCGAGCCCCAUAACCAAUGGUAGCCUCCCCAUAGUAGUGAUACGACCCGUGAGGGUGGUGGAUACUGUCUUCACUACCAGCGUCGCCGUGUUUGUGUCCCUGAUCUUCAUAAACUUCGGGUGCGCGAUGCACUGGCCCACCGUGAAGGGUUGCCUCAAGAAGCCUAUAGGACCCGCCAUAGGGUUGGCUGGACAGUACCUCUUCAUGCCUUUGAUUUCAUUCGGGCUAGGGUUCCUCAUAUUCCCCGAUUCGCCCGCGUUGCGUCUGGGCAUGUUCUUCUCCGGCGUGUCUCCCGCUGGCGGCGCCUCCAACAUCUGGACCUUCAUCCUGGGCGGCAACCUGGACCUGUCCCUGGCCAUGACCUCUAUAUCCACUUUGGCUGCGUUUGGUCUGAUGCCGGCAUGGCUGUUCUCAUUGGGCCAAGUGGUAUUUGCAAAUGCGAACAUAGUGGUCCCGUACUUCCGCAUCGCCAUGUUCGUCAUAGGGCUCUUCAUCCCGCUGGCCAUCGGGCUGGCCAUGCAGCGCUUCACACCGCGCAUAUCCGCCUUCAUGGUGCGCAUCCUUAAGGGUUUCUCCACGCUGCUGCUGCUAUUCAUCAUCACCUUCGCUAUCGUCACCAACGUGUACAUCUUUGAGCUGAUGACUUGGCAGAUCCUGGUAGCCGGUAUGGGCGUGCCAUGGCUGGGCUAUGCGACUGGUUACACGGUAGCGCGGCUGUUCCGUCAGCCACACCGCGACGCGCUCGCCAUCUCCAUAGAGUCCGGCAUACAGAACACUGGUAUUGCCAUCUUCCUGCUGCGCUACGCGCUGCCGCAGCCCGAGGCCGACAUCACCACAGUGGUUCCAGUGUCAAUAGCUAUCAUGACCCCCGGACCCAUGAUAUGCAUAUUCAUAUACCAGAGGGUGAAAGCAUGCUGGGGAUGUAAUCUAUCAAAAACCGAUCUGCCGAACGCAAGAAAAUCGUGGGAGACGACGUCGCACCCGCGUCAGAGACCGCUGAGCCCGGCGUCAUCUCUACCAUUGAUGUCAAAUAAACAGGAGGAGAAUUGGUCGUCAUCUUCAUAAAUAAUUUCGUAUGUUGGCUCAAAGGAUUAGUUAUAUUAUAAAUAUAAAUAGUAAUUAAUGAUACUGUAAGCGUCUCAAAGCGUUACUUCUACUCAGUGGUGUGCACAAGUUUUCUAACUAGGGUAGGCAUUAAACAAAGUGUACAAAAUAGAAAGUUCCUUCUCCAAUACACGUGUUUAAAAACGGGUAUGCAGUGCAUUUGCAUACAAAGUGCAUGCCACUGCUUCAUUUACGUCCAAUUUUGUAACUACUUUUAAAAUUUCCCUGACAGCUAAGACUUUAAAAUUGUAAAAUUGGGGAUUUUUGAACACCUUUACUAUGAAGUAUAUUUUUUAAUGCUUCCAAAUGUAUGUACUACAAUUUUAUAUUAUAUUUUAUGGUAUAUAUCUUUGAGAUAAGGGAGGCUAUAGGGGAUGUUUUCUCAGGUGCCAGAUUUGGAACAAGGAAAUGAUUUUUUGAAAAAUUUUCGUCUGUACCCUUAACAAAUUUUAGACCCAUUUUGAAAAUUAUCAGAAGCCUUAUUGGACUUCUAGAUUUUGUGGUUUAUUUUGGUAUGAAGGUACAUUAAUACAUCAUCAUAAAUAAUAAUUAACGUCAAAGAUUCAACCGAAAUAAUAAUUAACUUACUUAUUAAAUUUAUAAAACACAAAUAUUACAAAAAAUCUGGUAUUUUGAGACGCGUUCAUUUAACAAACUGUAACUAUGAAUUCAAGAAAUGCUAAAUUCGUAAUAAGCCUUCAUAUGUUUUGGCAUAAUACGAUAAUUGGUAAAAAACAAACAUUUUUACUUAUACAUAUCGUUUAUUGCAUAUCAAGCGAACUGUAAGAGCCCUUUCACACUGGCCUAUCUCUUUGUAGUCGAGACGCUGACAUAUCCAUAGACAAUGCUCUCAUGGCAACACAGUCUGCAUUGUUUGUACGACGUCGUCGGUCGAAGAUAAGGUCCCAAUUUUAUACACCUGAAAGUAUGUUCCACCUACGGCCAGGGUUAAAUCCUGCCCAAAAAUCAGUCAAAAUUCAAAUUUACUAUUUUAAAAAAAUAUAUAUUCAAAUUUCGUUCAUUUCGGUGGGAGGCUUCGGCCGUGGCCACCCUACCGACAAAGACCUACCGGCAAGUGAUUUAGCGUUCCGGUACGAGGUCGUGUAGAAACCGAAGUGGGUGUGGAUUUUCAUCCUACGCCUAACGAGUUAGCCCGUUUCCACCUUUGAUUGUAUCAUCACUUAGCAUCCGGUCAGAUUGUAGUCGAGAGUUAACUUGUAAAGAAUGAAAAAAAUACAGCAAAAAAGAUGAAUAAAAUUAAGUACGCUAAUGUGAAUGCGCUCUUACAAAAUUUUAGAUAAUUGGUUUCAUAAAAUUUCAUCUAUAAAAUGUCGGUGAAUAUGUUUAACAUUUUUGUUAAUUAUUGGACAUAAUAUAUUUUUAAAUUUUUUAUUUAUUAUUUAUUUGUUAAAAUUGUUUUAUGGCGGGAAAAUACAAAUAUACAAAAGAAAAUUUUGAAAGAGUUGCGGUUAUGUUUAUUGAAUGUCUUAUUAUUAUUAUGUAUUUGUAAGAGGUUGAAGAAUUUUAUUUUAACUUUUUCUUUAUAAAUCGUAGUCUAAUGAUUGAGUUUUGUUAAUUCUGCAAUUAAAAAUUAAAUUUUGGGGUUUUACAAAAAUGGGGAUUUUCAAAAUUUGAGAAUGCAUUUUAGCCGAUAUUUUUCGGUUUAACAAAACUAUUUGAGACCUAAUUUUAUUUCUAACCAAGUUACUGGCAACUUUUAGUUAAUUAACUUUUUUCUAAUCACCCUAAACCAAGUUACUGGCAACUUUUAGUUAAUUAACUUUUUCUAAUCACCCCAAACCAAGUUACUGGCAGCUUUUAGUCAAUUAACUUUUUCCUAAUCACCCCAAACCAAGUUACUGGCAACUUUUAGUCAAUUAACUUUUUCCUAAUCACCCCAAACCAAGUUACUGGCAAAUUUUACUCAAUUAACUUUUUCCUAAUCACCCCAAACCAAGUUACUGGCAACUUUUAGUUAAUUAACUCUUUUUCUAAUCACCCCAAACCAAGUUGCUGGCAACUUUUAGUUAAUUAACUUUUUCUAAUCACCCCAAACCGAGUUUCUGGCAGUUUUUAGUCAAUUAACUUUUUCCUAAUCACCCCAAACCAAGUUACUGGCAACUUUUAGUUAGUUAACUUUUUCUAAUCACCUCAAACCAAGUUACUGGCAGCUUUUAGUCAAUUAACUUUUUCCUAAUCACCCCGAACCAAGUUACUGGCAACUUUUAGUUAAUUAACUUUUUCUAAUCACCUCAAACCAAGUUACUGGCAGCUUUUAGUCAAUUAACUUUUUCCUAAUCACCCCGAACCAAGUUACUGGCAACUUUUAGUUAAUUAACUUUUUCUAAUCACCCCAAACCAAGUUGCUGGCAACUUUUAGUUAAUUAACUUUUUCUAAUCACCCCAAACCAAGUUGCUGGCAACUUUUAGUUAAUUAACUUUUUCUAAUCACCCCAAACCGAGUUAUUGGCAACUUUUAGUUAAAUAACUUUUUCUAAUCACCCCAAACCAAGUUACUGGCAACUUUUAGUUAAUUAACUUUUUCUAAUCACCCCAAACCGAGUUUCUGGCACUUUUAGUUAAUUAACUUUUUCUAUUAACUUUAUUUAGAACAAGAAACUAAUGUAAAUGGAUCUCUGUUGUAGAAUAUUGUUGGUAUAUUUCACAUGACUGGUUUUAUAGGUGGAACAGAUGUGAAUAGAUUGUUAUGUUACAUUGUUAUGUACAAAUGGUUGUAACGAGAUCAGUAUUUGUUAUGUAAUAUCGAUUUUAUGGAUGUGGAAAUACAAAUAUUGGAGGAAA